AUCGUUAUUUUACAGCUAUACACAAAAUAUUUAUAAUUAUAUGGUUCCUGGGCAUUAUUUGCUACUACUACGCGUAUGCCGUCUCAUUGGUUUGGUUUGUCGUGGUCAAAUAUCCGGUGACGGGAGAUUUUAACACCCCAUGCAUAUUGUUCUCAAUAUUAGCGUGCAGCCAUCUCUCAUUCGUCAACAUGUUUUAUAUCAUGAUUUAUAAGGAAAAACUUCAAAACCUCAUCCAAAGAUGUCUAGACUUCAACAAAAUAGUAAAGCCCGGAACAAUGUUUUCGAAAAACCUUCACAAUCAGCUAAGAUACAUAAAGAAACGUGCAUCAAUCGUUUGGGUCGCUAUGUUCAUGAACGCAGUAUUUUACGCGCUAGUCCCAUUUGCCAUUCCGGGGCGACAUCUACCGGAGGACAAACAAGUAAUAUAUGGUCUGGAUCCAAUCUUCGAAUCGCCAAAUUACGAAAUUGCAUUCGUCAUACUGAGCUUUGGCAUUUAUAUCUGUGGACUUUUCUUUGCGAAUGUCACAGCCCUCACAUUGGUGAUACUUGGCUACGUUGAGGCUCAAUUGUUAGCUCUCACUACAGAGCUACAAAACUUGUGGGAACACGCCGAAAUCUUUUACGAAACACACGCUUUGACCAUCCACGACCACAACAUAAAGAAUAAAAUCAAGAACAUUUUCAUCAACGAAUGCUUGAAGGAAAUCGCGCUUUUUCAUAUACUAAACAUAAACAUUAUUAGAAAAUUUGAAGAUAUAUUUCGGGGUACAAAGGCUGUUGCUCUUAUAUCUACAAUAUUAGCAAUUAUAAGUGAAUUAUUGGGAGGAAUCGAAACCACAUAUCUACAAAUCACAUACACGCUUGUAGUGGUAUUUACAGAAACAUACGCGGGCCAAAAACUUAUUGAUGCUUCGAUUAAAUUCGAAAAAGGCGUUUAUAGUUGCAAUUGGGAAAAUUUCGAUUCAAACAAUAUGAAAAUUAUUGCGACAAUAUUGCCGAGCGCUCAGAAGACAAUGAAUAUAACUGCUGGCGGAGUGACGGUGCUAGAUUAUUGUUGCUUUUUUGCUGUUAUAAAAUUUAGUUAUUCCGUGUAUAAUACACUACGGUUGCAGGUUUGAAAUAGAACUGGCGCUUAUUAAUAAACACGUGUUGUACGAGCCAAGGCUGUACAUUUUGCUCACUCACGCUUUCUUAGUUUUUUAAACGUCGCGAUUACCUAAACCUUCGGAUUUACGCCCCGAGAGUAUAGCCAGACGCAGGCACUCUUUUCAACAUUUACAUUAAAUUUAGCAUUUGUUUCAUAGAAGUAAGCAUACUUAUUUCGCAUAUACUAUUUUACGCGAGUUGUUAAUAUAGAGUAAACAUAAAAUCCUCUAUUAAUUAAAGCACCCUGAUGACCCAGGAACCGCACACAUUGUUAAAAUAAUUGCAUCAAAGUUGUUAAUUACUUUGUUGUACCUGCAUUUUUAGUCUGCGACUGUCAAAUAUGACAUAUAAACUAAGUUAACCUACAAGUUUUCGAUCUGUCAAGCAAACACUUAAAUGCACAAUUUCUUUUCCGCCUGUUUCGCUGAGGGUAGUUUCAUUUUUUUUACCAUGAUGGUGAUUACAUAAAUUAAUAUAUCCCACCAACCCGACUGCCAGAUCACAGAGCCAGUUGACACAUAACUAUUAUAUGUUGUAUUCAUUAUUAAAUCACCUUUUUAUCAAUAAAAGUUAUUGUAAAACAAAUUGAGAAAAUAUUAUUUUAGAAUUAUAGAUUCUGUACAAUGCACAAUAUUUUAUUUUGAAUUUACCUGGCAUGCGCAGCUACGUGACGUAAAAGUAUAUUCCAAUUACUCCUAACACUGUCAUCACACCCACCACUGAUGCCAAUAUAACCUUGUGCUGUAUCGCCCUCAUCAUCAUUCCCUUCACCAGAC